CCGGGCUCCAAGAUGGCCUUGCAGAGCUCCUUCACCUGCUGGAACGGGACCAUCCUCCAGCUCGGGCAGGCCUGCGACUUCCACCGCGACUGCGCCCAGGGAGAAGAUGAGGGCCAGCUGUGCAGUAAACUCCCUGCUGGUUUUUACUGCAACUUCGAGGAUGGCUUCUGUGGCUGGACCCAGGGCACACUGUCACCCCACAACCCCCGGUGGCAGGUCAGAACCCUGAAGGAUGCCCGGGACCAGGACCACCGAGGCCAUGCCCUGUUGCUCAGCACCAUGGACAGCCCUACUUAUGAAAGUGCUACAGUGACCAGCGUGACAUUUCCCGCCCCGAUGAAGAACUCUCCAUGUGAGCUCCGAAUGUCCUGGCUCAUCCGUGGAGUCUUACAGGGAAAUGUCUCCUUGGUGCUGGUGGAGAACAAAACUGGGAAGGAACAAAGCAGAAUGGUCUGGCAUGUUGCCACCAAUGAAGGCUUGAGCCUGUGGCAGUGGACGGUGCUGCCUCUUCUCGAUGUGACUGACAGGUUCUGGCUGCAGAUGGUUGCUUGGUGGGGACAAGGAUCCAGAGCCACCGUGGCUUUUGACAAUAUCUCCAUCAGCCUGGACUGCUACCUCACCAUCAGUGGGGAGGACAAGAUGCCACAGGAUACGGCACCCAAAUCAAGAAAUCUAUUUGAGAGAAACCCAAACAAGGAGCCAAAAUCCUGGGAAAAUACAAGAGAGACUCCCAUCUUUGACCCCACAGUUCACUGGCUGUUCACCACGUGCGGGGCCAGUGGGCCCCACGGCCCCACACAGGCCCAGUGUAACAACGCCUACCGGAAUUCCAACCUGAGCGUGGUGGUGGGGAGCGAGGGUCCCCUUAAAGGCAUCCAGACCUGGAAGGUGCCAGCCACCGACACCUACAGCAUCUCAGGCUACGGAGCUGCUGGUGGGAAAGGCGGGAAGAAUACCAUGAUGCGGUCCCAUGGCGUGUCUGUGCUGGGCAUCUUCAACCUGGAAAAGGGCGACACUCUGUAUAUCCUGGUUGGACAACAGGGGGAAGACGCCUGCCCCAGCACAAACCGAUUAAUCCAGAAAGUCUGCAUUGGAGAGAACAACGUGAUAGAAGAAGAAAUUCGUGUGAACAGAAGUGUGCAUGAGUGGGCCGGAGGGGGCGGAGGUGGGGGCGGAGCCACCUACGUGUUUAAGAUGAAGGACGGCGUGCCAGUGCCCCUGAUCAUUGCAGCCGGCGGUGGCGGCAGGGCCUAUGGGGCCAAGACAGACACGUUCCACCCAGAGAGACUGGAGAAUAACUCCUCGGUGCUGGGGCUGAACGGCAACUCCGGAGCCGCAGGUGGCGGAGGUGGCUGGAAUGAUAACACUUCCUUGCUGUGGUCUGGAAAAUCUUUGCUGGAGGGUGCCACCGGAGGACAUUCCUGCCCCCAGGCCAUGAAGAAGUGGGGGUGGGAGACAAGAGGGGGUUUCGGAGGGGGUGGAGGGGGGUGCUCCUCAGGUGGAGGAGGCGGAGGAUAUAUAGGCGGCAACGCGGCCUCAAACAAUGACCCCGAGAUGGACGGGGAGGACGGGGUUUCCUUCAUCAGUCCGCUGGGCACCCUGUACACCCCUGCUCUAAAAGUGAUGGAGGGCCACGGGGAAGUGAAUAUUAAGCAUUAUCUAAACUGCAGCCACUGUGAGGGAGACGAGUGCCACAUGGACCCCGAGAGCCACAAGGUCAUCUGCUUCUGUGACCACGGGACAGUGCUGGCUGAGGAUGGCGUCUCUUGCAUCGUGUCUCCCACCCCAGAGCCCCACCUGCCGCUCUCACUGGUCCUGUCUGUCGUGACCUCAGCCCUCGUGGCCGCCCUGGUCCUGGCUUUCUCAGGCAUCAUGAUUGUGUACCGCCGGAAGCACCAGGAGCUGCAGGCCAUGCAGAUGGAGCUUCAGAGCCCGGAGUACAAGCUGAGCAAACUCCGCACCUCCACCAUCAUGACGGACUACAACCCCAACUACUGCUUUGCGGGCAAGACCUCCUCUAUCAGUGACCUGAAGGAGGUGCCUCGGAAAAACAUCACCCUCAUCCGGGGGCUGGGCCACGGUGCUUUCGGGGAGGUGUAUGAAGGUCAGGUGUCUGGAGCGCCCAGCGACCCGAGCCCCCUGCAAGUGGCUGUAAAGACGCUGCCGGAAGUGUGUUCUGAGCAGGACGAACUGGAUUUCCUCAUGGAGGCCCUGAUUAUCAGCAAAUUCAACCACCAGAACAUCGUGCGCUGCAUUGGGGUGAGUCUGCAAGCCCUACCCCGCUUCAUCCUGCUGGAACUCAUGGCAGGAGGAGACCUCAAGUCCUUCCUCCGGGAGACCCGCCCUCGCCCGAACCAGCCCUCCUCCCUGGCCAUGCUGGACCUUCUGCAUGUGGCUCGGGACAUCGCCUGUGGCUGUCAGUAUUUGGAGGAAAAUCACUUCAUCCACCGGGACAUUGCUGCCAGAAACUGCCUCUUGACCUGUCCAGGUCCCGGCAGAGUGGCCAAGAUCGGAGAUUUUGGAAUGGCCCGGGACAUCUACAGAGCCAGCUACUACCGGAAAGGAGGCUGCGCCAUGCUGCCCGUCAAGUGGAUGCCUCCAGAGGCCUUCAUGGAAGGAAUAUUUACUUCCAAAACGGACACAUGGUCCUUUGGAGUGCUGCUGUGGGAGAUAUUUUCUCUUGGAUACAUGCCAUACCCCAGCAAAAGCAACCAGGAAGUUCUGGAGUUCGUCACCAGCGGAGGACGGAUGGACCCCCCUAAGAAUUGUCCUGGGCCUGUAUACCGGAUAAUGACCCAGUGCUGGCAACAUCAGCCUGAAGAUAGGCCCAACUUUGCCAUAAUUUUGGAGAGGAUUGAAUACUGCACCCAGGACCCAGAUGUGAUCAACACUGCUUUGCCCAUAGAGUAUGGGCCACUCGUGGAAGAGGAGGAGAAGGUGCCCAUGAGGCCCCAAGACCCGGAGGACAUUCCUCCUCUCCUCGUCUCUCCCCCACAAGCCAAACGGGAGGAAGGCCAGGACCCCGCUGGCCCGCCCCCCCGGCCUUCCACGUCCUCUGGCAAAGCCGUGAAGAAGCCCACGGCGGCCGAGCUCUCUGUCCGAGUCCCCAGAGGGCCAGCCGUGGAAGGAGGACACGUGAACAUGGCAUUCUCCCAGUCCAACCCGCCGUCAGAGCUGCACAAAGUCCAGGGUUCCAGAAACAAACCGACCAGCCUCUGGAACCCCACGUACGGCUCAUGGUUUACGGAGAAACCCACCAAAAAGAACAAUCCUCCCGCAAAGAAGGAGCACCAGGAGAGGGCACACCUGGGGCGUGAGGGAGGCUGUACUGUGCCACCGAACGUGGCAGCUGGCCGACUCCCGGGCACCUCUCUGCUCCUUGAGCCGUCCUCGCUGACGGCCAGUAUGCAGGACGUGCCCCUGUUCCGGCUGCGUCACUUUCCGUGCGGGAAUGUCAACUACGGCUACCAACAGCAGGGCUUGCCACUCGAGGCCACCGCUGCCCCCGGCGCCGCUCAUUAUGAGGACGCCCUCCUGAAAAGCCAGCCUGGGCCCUGAGUACCCCCCCACCGGCCCGGCCCCUCACUUCUCUUCCUUGGGAAGCCUGAGCCCCACGGAGGAGGGACAGGUCGUGGCUCCUCCAACACGAGAGACCAAACGUCCCUUUUCAUUUCGUGCCAACUUGUUUUCAAGUGCCCCCUACACAGCUCUGUUUUCAAAACGCUUUAGAGAAAGGUUUGGAGCAUGGGUUCAUCUUAUUCCUUCACAAAAGACGAUAACAUCACAGGGACAAGUGGUGACUGCAAGGGCCCCGGUUCGGUGGCAGGAGGUUUCCUGUGCAUGGCUGACUCCCGUGUCCUCCUGCUCCCCUCAGAUGGGGUGUGUUCUGUUCGGUGCCGUCCACGCUAGCUGCUCCUGCGUCUCCGAGUUGGAGUCACGGGUGUUUCCUGACCUUGCGGGUGUGGACCCGGACCACGCGAGGCAGGGAGGGAACAGACACCAAGGCGUUAUUUACUUGUCAGGAGCUGGCAAGGGGAAAGACGCUCUUUACCAGGAAAGGAAAAAUCAGACAACUAGCGGCAAUGUCCCUUUAGGGGACGUCUGGAUGCUUCCAAGUGUGCCGAUUUCGCUGGUGAUUGUAAAUACGUGAGGACUAGUUAUGGUACCAUAGAGAAAACGCACUUAUAUCCAUCAGAACGGAAAGCAGA